GCUAAAGUUCAUAGGUUAUUGAGAAGUGGUAUCAACAUAACCGGUUUUCGUUGUAAGAACUUGCAAUACAAACACGGGUUGCAAUGGGGUAUUUCGAUUUUUUAGACGAUGUUAGGCGGAUGAAUGCACGACAGCUAUACUAUCAAGCUUUAAACUUUGGAAUGAUCGUGUCAUCAGCAUUAAUGAUCUGGAAAGGGUUAAUGGUAGUGACAAGCAGUGAAAGUCCUAUAGUAGUUGUUUUAAGUGGUAGUAUGGAGCCAGCAUUCCAUAGAGGUGAUCUUUUAUUUUUGACAAAUCAUCAAUCUGACCCAAUUCGUGUUGGAGAAAUUGUUGUUUUCAAGAUUGAAGGAAGAGAAAUUCCAAUUGUACACCGAGUUCUACGUUUACAUGAAAAGGAAAAUGGAGAAGUUAAAUUUUUGACUAAAGGUGAUAAUAAUUCAGUAGAUGAUCGUGGGCUGUAUGCCCCUGGACAGUUGUGGCUUGAGCGUAAGGACGUUGUUGGACGGGCUAGAGGAUUUGUGCCUUAUGUUGGAAUAGUAACAAUUCUAAUGAACGACUAUCCAAAAUUUAAGUAUUUUGUGCUAGCCGGAUUAGGAUUAUUUGUUUUAAUCCAUCGGGAAUAAGGUGACGACUGUGAUGAACGCUGUGUUUAUCAACCAAUCAUUAUGUUGGAUAGGAGACAACAAAUUUGAAGAUGGAACACAACAGAUGAAUUCACUCUCAUCGCAGUUUGUUUUUGUAGCAUCAUUCCAGAAAAUUUUUUUAGAAAAUCAUUUAUUCACUAUUGAUGACAUUGGAUGCUGUUUCAUGCUUUAAACUUUGGGCCAAAUUGCAUAGGCAGAAAGCCAAGUGAGAUUUUGCAUAGGUAUAUUUUGCAUAUUUAAUGCUCUGAUUUGCAUAUUUUUUGUACUUGGCCUUAUUUUAAACAUGUUCGUGGAUAUGGGAAGGUCUUUCCUAUUUGCCAAUCCAAUGAGUUACCUCAGGACAGUUUUUACAGACCAAUGUUAUGAAGAAAUAUUUUGAAAUUACAAAAAAAUAGACAAAAUAUAGAUAUUGACUUGUGAAUACCUGUGCCACUGACUUUGUUGUUAGAAUAUUUAUUUAUAAUACAAAAAUCUAGCAGCAAAAAAAAAAAGUGGUGCCCUCGGUUACAUCCUAUAACACAAAAAUAUAUUUUUAGCGGUCAGGCAGCAUGAUAAUGUAAGCACAUUUUUAUUCCUGAAUUGUACAAUAAUUUACUCAUAAGCGAGUAAGAUUUUGUUUUUAUCGCUGUAGUUCUGAAGCAUGUGCAACUUAAUUUAGUAGAUUAUGUGACAAACUUGUUUCAAGUUUGGUUUGUUUGUAACUUAUAUUUAACAUCAUUUUUAAUGAUGUAAUUAAUUAUGCACAAGAAGUUCAUUUAGAGCUUUUGAUUCUGGUGCCAUGGUAGAUCAUUAAUUAUGUAAUAUUUUUCUCUCUUUACCAUACUCUGUAAUAAAAAAAAAAUAUUAAGAGA